CUGAAACAAACUCAGCGGCUUUUUCCCCGAGCUGCUUGGAGAAACCACAAAUCAAAGCGCUCUUGCUGUGUCCGUUUCUCCGUUGCUCUCUCAACAACAUGAAGGCCGCCACUGGACUGUCAUCCACAACAUCUCGCGACCAAACCUGCGAAGAGGAGGCUCCUGUUGUGCGAGAGUUUACUCGGCGACCUGGGGGCUCGAACGAAGCAGACAUUUCUUCUCUAGACAGGCAAGCUUUGACUUUCGCAGAUGACGGUCGCCGGUCGGAGGGAAACGAAGAGACAGCAGACGAAAAAGAAAAUCCUGAGGCAGGCGGCGACCCGGUAGAUCCUGCAGACACCACAGCAGAAGAGAGAGAGGCAGGAGACGAGGAAGAAGAGCUGUCUCUUGAGGACCGCCAGCGCCUGCUCGCGAUCCUCCGCAAGCUGCUUCUUCUGCCGAAGGUCCUGGCCUCCUCAGGUGACCUGGCUCCUCUUGAAGAGAGAGCAGGAGGUUCUUCUGCUGAAGCUGCUGGGACUCGCGCGCCGCAUUUGGAACGGCACUGGAAUGCAGGCGAACAAAAAGCGAGAGGAGAAGCAACAAACGAAGAAAAGACCGAGGAAGCCGGCGACGGGAACGAGGGAGAGGCUGGAACUGCGGAUGCACUAAGUUGUCUGGUUCCUCUGAGUCGGUUGGGAGAGAUUUUAGUGGGGAUUUUGGGGAAUCUCUUUUCGCACUCGAGUCUCUUCAAGGCGAGUCUUCUGGCGUCAAGCCCUCGGAAGGCCGAGAGGCUGGAAAUCCCGGCCUCGUCGGCGUCCUCGCCUCUCUUCUGUCGCGAACUGUUUGAGUGUCUUGUCGAUUUACUUCUUCUCUCCGAAGACACCCGAAUUCUGAAGGAGACUCUGCGAGCGUGGACAGCGAUCCUCUUCAAUCUGUCGCGGAUGCCGCAUCCGGUGCUCGUCUCGCUUCUCUCGCGCGCGCACAAGGAACCAAACGAACCCCAAGGUCCCGAGUCUUCUUCUUCGUCUUCCUCCUCGUCUCUCUCCUCGACUUCUUCUUCGUCGUUCGCUGCUUCCUCGCCUCUGGAGCAUGCAGGUCCGAGGCCAGCAGCUUCUGCCGAGAGCGACGAUGCAUGCGCAGCCGAGGCAGUCCUCUCGAAGUGUCUCUUCAUCCUUCGACAUACUCUGAGUCCUGAUCUCACCGCCGCAGUCGCUGCCUUCCUUUCUCAGCUCUUCACCUUUCUGCUCUCCUUCCCAUUUCCCUCUGCCCUCUCUUGUUCGUCCUCUUCUCUCUCUUGUUCGUCCUCUUCUCUCUCUUGUUCGUCCUCUGCUCUAUCUUCUUCGUUUUCACGACUGUUGUUUCCGUCUCCCUCAGCGUUUCUCCGCGCCAUUCUCACGCCUGCGUUUCUCUCUUUGCCGGAAAGUUCUUCGCUUUCUUCAGAAGCCGCUGACGAGGCGAGUCUGCUGGUGCUUGUACUGCAGAGGUGUCAAGAGUUUUUCGGAGGCUCUUCCAGGCUUCUUCCUCCCUCCCAGCUCGCCUGCCUCCUGUCGCAAGUGGGCAGUCGGGAUGCUGCCGAGCUCGACGGCGACGAAGUCCGCUCUCUCUCUGCAGUCUCUCGUGAACUGUUUCAGUGCUCUCUAAACACCCAUCGUGCUUCGACUGGAGAACAGGCACUCAAAGAAGAAAACGAAGAAAAAGAAGAAAACGAAGAAGACGAAGAGGAGGAUGUGGAGGAACCUGAGAACGUGAGGGGUCUCGUCGACCUCCUCUUGCUUUUGGACGCAAGUGUUGUGCUUCUGGAGGCGACGGCGCGGGAGACGGGGGAGCUUGCAGGUCCGGAGGGAUUGUCUGCGUCUGAAAACGCGACCUCUGGAGCUCUGGAAAGGCUGCUUUCUUACUCGCUGCAGGUCUGCGGGAAGGCACUGCUCAGCGCCGCACAGGAGACGUCGCUGCUUCGCGUAUCUCUUCUUCUUCUCCUGCGUGUCGCCUCCGAGGCGCCUCUGCGGCGGCGAGUUGAGGCGUACGUACGCCUGAUGAUGUGUAGCCGGAAAGGCGAAGGUGUGCUGGAGAAGCUGCUGCUGCUGCGAGAAGAAGACGACCUCGUCGAGGACGCAGACCCGCUUCUCGGCAUUCUGUUCGUUGCUCAAUUUGCGCCGCGCCAUCUGCAAAAAGAAGCGAAGAACGAGUUGCUCAGUGUCGCCCAGACACACGUCGCCGCACAGCCAGCCGCGCGCGGUGUACGUACACCCCAGCGAGGCGGCGUCGGAGCAGAGGAACGGGAUGAAGUCGAGCACGAGAUGGAGGGCGCCAGUUUCCAAAUGAGUGACUUUCUCGACGCGUCUUUCCUGGAGUUUCUCCUCAGUGUCAUCGAGGACUCCCCCUGAGUUCGUGCGUUUGUCGGCGCGUGCAUGCAGCCCAAGAGAAAUCUCUUCGUCUCUCUCCCGUUGAACGUUUGGUCCACGACUGUUUCAUCCUUCACACAGCGACUGGCGCGUGGAGCGUCCGCCGCGCAGCUUCAGAGAGACAGGAUGCGUUGUGUACUUCAAAUGUUUCUUCCGCUAGGAGGUGUCGGCGCACUGCACCGGGUCGAGGUCUGUGUUUACCCGCUGCAGCUUUUCGAGUCUCUUAGCUCCACACACAGAACCUGUUGUCAACAUGUUGGCCGC